AUGACAUUGGCUAUUUGCCAGGCUGUAUCCAUCGAUCAUCAUGGUCGCCAACGUAUUCAUAACUACGAGGACCAAUUCAAGCAAUGGAUGUCAAAGUAUGAGAGACAUUAUGUAGACGAGAAAGAGUACCUCAUCCGUCUUUCCAACUUUGUCUCCAACCUUGCCACUAUCUCCGAGUACAACGCCAAGCACCACGGUCGUGCCACCUUUGGCCUGAACCAGUUCUCCGACCUGUCCAUCGAGGAGUUCCGCAAGACUCACCUCAACUACGUUCCAACUCACAAGAAGGCCAGCCAGGUCCGUCAGCACUUUGACUACCCAUCCAACAUUCCAGAGAGAGUCGACUGGCGUGCCAAGGGCUUCGUCACUCCAGUGAAGAACCAGUUGCAGUGCGGAUCAUGCUGGGCCUUCAGUGCUACCGAGCAAAUUGAGACUGCCUUCAUCCAGGCUGGCAACGCCCAGCAGUUCUUCUCCGAGCAGCAGAUCGUCGACUGUGAUCCAUUCGAUGGAGGUUGCGGUGGUGGUGACCCCAUGACUGCCUACCAAUACGUCCAGUCCGCCGGAGGUAUCACCACAGACACAGCCUACCCAUACACCGCCCAGGACGGCACAUGUGAGGCCAACACUACCACCAAGGUCGCCCAGAUCAAGACCUACGGAUACGCCUCGACCGCUGGCAAUGAGACCCAGAUGAAGGAGGCCAUCGCCGCCCUUGGUCCAUUGUCCAUCUGUGUUGACGCCGAGACCUGGAUGACCUACCAAUCUGGUAUCAUCACCACUGACUGUGCCGCCGAUCUCGACCAUUGUGUCCAAGUCGUUGGUUACGAUGUCGACACCACUUCCAACAUUCCAUACUACAUUGUCAGAAACUCCUGGGGCACCACCUGGGGUCAGGAGGGCUAUAUUUACAUUGGAGAGGGAUCUAACCUCUGUGGUAUCACCGAAGAAGUUACCCAAGUCACUGUCGAGGCACUCUAA